CGGCGGUUCUCUGAGCCGGCUCUUGACAGCCCUCCGCCGCUGCCCAGUUUAUCAUUUGGUCCCGGUGCUUCCGCCGGGUUGGGCCAGCCCUAGCCCGCCGCCUCUUCUUCUGCCAUGGCCCUGGUGGGGGGCGCCGAGUCGGCGGCGGGGCCUUCUCGCUGGCUCCCCACGCACGUCCAGGUGACCGUGCUGCGGGCCCGCGGGCUGCGGGGCAAGAGCUCGGGCGCGGGCAGCACUAGCGACGCGUACACAGUGAUCCAGGUGGGCCGCGAGAAGUACAGCACGUCGGUGGUGGAGAAGACCCCGGGCUGCCCCGAGUGGCGCGAGGAGUGCUCCUUCGAGCUGCCGCCCGGCGCCCUGGACGGCCUGCUGCGGGCGCAGGAGGCCGAUGCGGGCCCGGCGCCCUGGGCCGCGGGCUCCGCCGCCGCCUGCGAGCUGGUGCUCACCACCAUGCACCGCUCGCUCAUCGGCGUCGACAAGUUCCUGGGCCAGGCCAGGGUGGCGCUGGACGAGGUCUUCGGCGCAGGCCGCGCCCAGCACACACAGUGGUACCAGCUACACUCCAAGCCAGGCAAGAAGGAGAAGGAACGUGGGGAGAUCCAAGUCACCAUCCAGUUCACUCGUAACAACUUGAGCGCCAGCAUGUUUGACCUGUCCAUGAAGGACAAGCCGCGUUCCCCCUUUAGCAAGAUCAAGGACAAGAUGAAGGGCAAGAAGAAGUAUGACCUGGAAUCCGCCUCUGCCAUCCUCCCAAGCAGUGCCCUAGAGGACCCAGAGCUGGGCAGCCUGGGCAAGAUGGGCAAAGCCAAAGGCUUUUUCCUCCGCAGCAAGCUGCGCAAGUCGUCCCUGACCCAGUCCAACACCUCGCUGGGCUCAGACAGCACCUUGUCCUCAGCCAGUGGGAGCCUGGCCUACCAGGGCCCCGGCGCCGAGCUCCUCACCCGGUCCCCAAGCCGCAGCAGCUGGCUGUCCACCGAAGGGGGCAGGGACUCUGUGCAGUCCCCCAAGUUGUUUACCCACAAAAGGACCCACAGCGAUGAGGCCAGCCAGAUGCGAACAGCUCCUCCCCGGGCCCUCCUCGACCUUCAGGGCCACCUGGACCCGGCCACCCGCUCUUCUCUCUGUGUCAAUGGGAGCCACAUUUACAGUGAGGAGCCCCAGGGCCUCUUGAGGCACCGCAGCUCCAUCUCGGGCCCGUUUCCACCCUGCAGCUCCCUACACAGUGUUUCUUCUCGGCCCUCCGAGGAGGGGCCUCGGUCUGCAGAUGACUCCUGGGGCAGAGGCGGCCGCAGAGCCAGCAGCUCAGAGGCAGUGCCCGGACAGGGGGAGCUGAGCACUCAGGCCAAAGCGCUGGCCCCUGAGGCCGGCCACUCUGGAGAGGAGGAGGGGGCCCGGCUCCCCGAGGGGAAGCCAGUACAGGUCGCCACACCCAUGGUGGCCUCCUCUGAGCCUGUGGCGGAGAAGGAGGGAGCCCGGAAGGAGGAGCGGAAGCCCCGGAUGGGCCUCUUCCACCAUCACCACCAGGGGCUGAGUUGGAGCGAGUUGGGGCGCCGUGGCUCUCUGGGGGAGAAGGGGGGUCCCCCUCUGGGGGCCUCCCCACAUCAUUCAUCCAGUGGGGAGGAAAAGGUCAAGAGUAGCUGGUUUGGCUUGAGGGAAGCCAAGGAGCCAACUCAGAAACCCAGCCUGGACGUGUCUCCUCAGGUAGAACCUGACCCAGCUGCUCUUCCUCACCACCUCCCCUGCUCCCCCUGUGCUCCGGCCCCCCCCACUCCUGCUCCCACCGCUGCUCCCACGCUAAGCACUAACCUUUUUGCAGCCGCCUCCCCUGCUGCCGCCACUGCCACCGCAGCCCCUGAAGCCACCCCGUCUGGAUUCUUGGGGCUCACCAACCCAUUCCUCACCUCCUUGCAGAGCAACCCCUUCUUUGAGGAACUCAGAGCCGACAUAGCACUAAACUCUCCUUCACCUGCUCCCUCUCUCCCCAGUGCCUCCCGGGCCAGUCCCACCCCCCUGGCCUCCCCUGGGAAAGCCCCGCCUGAGUGGGACGACACCUUCAACAUCUUUGCUGCCAGCAGGCUGCGUCCAGAGGCCAGGAGUGAGAUCCUGGCCCCCGCAGGAGUGGGCCUGGAGGCCGCUGGGCUGCAAGACCCAGGUCCUGGGGCCAUGACAGUGGAGGCAGCUGAGCCCCAAGGGGACCCAGGGGGAGGAGGAAGAGGUGGGAGCAGUGAGUGGCUGGAGCCCAGGGUUCCUCUGGACUUGGGAUUGGACCACCAGAGUGUGAGUGCCGCCGACCCGGGGCCUCUCAGGUCUGUGGGGGCUGGCCUGCCCUCCACGUCAGCCUCGUUGCACCCGAGAGCCUCAGACUCCGAAGCAGACAGGGAGCCGAUGGCCCCCGGAGGGGAAGCAGGGCAGAGUCCAGCAGACAGUGCGACAUCUCUGUUUAGCUCCCCAGAAGUGAUCAGUGUGUGGGAGAGGCUGCCUGGCCCAGACGAUGCCCCUGAGGGCCCGUAUGAGGAGGCCUCCAGAGGCAAAAGCCAGCUUUUGCAGGAGCUCAAUACAGUCGACAAUUCCUGGCCUUGGGAUGUGGUCACCCUUUCUCCUGCAGCUGAGACGACCUCACCAGUCAUACAGGGAGAGUCUGAUGAAUUGCCUCCUCCUCGGGUGAAGCCAGAGUCACCAGGACCUGUGAGCCCCACAGGGAACCAGGGGCUUCCCCAGCGGGAGCUGGAGCCGGAGCCCAGACCUGAGUGGGUGUUGGACACGGAGCUGCAGCCCAGCAUGCUGCCUCCCAAGCCCCCACGCCUCUUCACACACGCAGAUUACCAGGACAAGAAGGAGGAGGAGGAGAAGGCUACCGUGGGGCUGAGUGGCAGGAGGGCAGAGGCAGAAGAAGAUGCCUUCCCAAGUGCACUGGAUGCUCGUCCCCUGGAGGCCAAGCAGGACGGCAAGAAGCCAGGGUCAGAGUCUGGAAGCUGUCCCUCCGGGGCCCUGCUGAGUGAGCCAGUGGAGGAUGCCAGCCCUCCUGUGUCUGGACCCUGUUUAUCUCUGCCCGCCAGCUGCCCAGAGGGUCCUGUUCCUGUACCAUCUUAUUCAAAGGGCCUGGCUCUUCAGAGCCAGCAGAUCUGGGGGGCUCUGGAGAAAGGAGAAGGCCCUGAGGCUCCUGAGGCUCCUGGGGCCCAGAGCCAGGAGCCAGCAGGAGAGGGGCUUGGGCCCCUGCCGGGCAGCUCCCAACAGCCUGACUUGUGGGCUUUGGAGGAGGAUGCCUUGAACCCCUUCUUGUCUCUGGAGAGCCGAGAUCCCCCCAGCCUCCCGUCCACAUCCCCUCCAGAGUCCAGGGAAUCCUCCAUCUACUGUGGACCAGAAGAGCUGCCCACACCCCCAGAGCCUGCCUUUCUGACCUCUUUCUUUCUGCCCCCUGGGGAGCCAGCCUCCCCCCCUGGGGGCUCCCCCACCCCACUUGGGGAGGACCACGCUGCAGCCACCCCAGCCUCCCCGCUUGUGCUUCUGCCCUUGGAGACACGACCAGCUGAGGAGCCACAGCCCAGUGCCAGUCCCCACCCUGUGAAGCCCCUCAGUGCUGCCCCCGUGGAGGGCAGCCCCGACAAGAAGCAGCCCCGCUCCAGUCUGAGCACAGCCCUGAGCAGUGGGCUGGAGAAGCUGAAGACAGUCACAUCUGGCAGCGUUCAGCCUGUGGCUCUGGCCUCCCAGGUUGGCCAGCCCGUGGACACCAAGAGGCUGAAGGAUUCUGGUGCGCCGGACCAGUCGGCCAAGUACUACCAUCUGACCCACGACGAACUCAUCAGCCUGCUCCUGCAGCGGGAGCGGGAGCUGAGCCAGCGGGAUGAGCAUGUGCAGGAGCUGGAGAGCUACAUUGACCGGCUGCUGGUGCGGAUCAUGGAGACCUCACCCACACUGCUGCAGAUCCCCCCCGACAUCCCCAAGUAGCCCUCUUCAACCCCAGCCCCCGGGAGGGUCGGCACGGACCCACUGCCCACACAGGGCUCUCACCCUCCUUACUCCUGCUGAGCUCACUCACCUGGGGCAAGGUGCAGUCUGUCUUCUGUUGUCACCCCUUUGCUCCCCCUCCCUCCUGCCUCAACUGAGGCUGCUGGAAGGGGGGACUUUGGGCUCUCAUUAGAGGUGGGUCUCACCCACUUGCCUAUUUUCAUACCCCGUAGCUUUGGGGGCUCCAGAAAUUGAACAAAGAAUUUAGCCCUCAAGACAGAGAAGGGGUGAGCUGCAAUUUGAUGUGGUACCUGGAACAUACUUUAUUACCCCACAGGGAUGGUCAGCCAUUUCUUCCACAGCUAAACCCUUGUCCCUCCAGCCUCUGGAUGGGUCCUAGUAUUACUAGGGCUGUGGCAGGGACCAAGCUGCUCAUUCGUCUGUAAGUUAUGGGCAACCAGGGCACCUGCCCUUCAGCCUCGUUGGUUCCCCCGAGAGCAAGGAGCCUGUAUGGUCUAGUGUUGAGUCUGUCUGUCUCCAGCUGUUUGAGGAGCAAAUGUG